AUGUGUAUAAAACAAGACACUUCGAGGAGGGGAGCGCGGGACCGGAGGCGGGGGGCCGGCGGGGCGCCCUGGCGCUGGGCCCUGGCUGGGCUGUGGCUGGCAGCGACCUUGGGCUGCAUCCAGGGCACGGGCGGCCGCGCGCGACGCCACUGGCCUGUGCCCUACAAACGUUUUUCCUUCCGUCCACAGCCAGACCCUCACUGUCAAGCUAAAUACACCUUCUGUCCCACUGGCUCGCCCUUCCCAGUUAUGAAGGGCAAUGAUGUCGUUGAAGUCUUUCGACUCCAUGCGCCAGUUUGGGAAUUUAAAUAUGGAGACCUCUUAGGACACUUGAAAAUUAUGCAUUAUGCUGCCGGAUUCAGGAGUACAUAAACUGGCAGGAACUACACCAUGGAAUGGUAUAAGCAUUUCCAGCUUGGCAACUGUACGUUUCCCCACCUCCGACCUGAACUGGAUGCCCCUUUCUGGUACAAUCAAGGAGCUGCCUGCUUUUUUGAAGGAAUUGAUGAUAACCACUGGAAGGAAAAUGGGACAUUAGCUCUAGUAGCAACCAUAUCAGGAAACACCUUUAACAAGAUGGCAAAUUGGGUGAAACAGGAUAAUGAAACAGGGAUUUAUUAUGAGACGUGGACUGUCCAAGCCAGCCCAGGAAAAGGGGUGGAGACAUGGUUUGAGUCCUAUGACUGUUCAAAAUUUGUAUUAAGGACAUUUGAGAAGUUGGCUGAACUUGGAGCAGAGUUCAAGAAGAUAGAAACUAAUUAUACAAGAAUAUUUCUUUACAGUGGAGAACCUACUUAUUUAGGAAAUGAAACCUCUAUUUUUGGGCCAACAGGAAACAAGACUCUUGCUUUAGACCUAAAAAAAAUUUAUUACCCCUUCAAACCACAUUUGUCAACUCAAGAAUUUCUAUGGAGUCUUCUGCAAAUCUUUGACUCAGUGAUUAUUCACAGACAAUUCUACUUGUUUUAUGAUUUUGAAUACUGGUUUUUACCUAUGAAAUUCCCUUUUAUUAAAAUAACAUAUGAUGAAAUCCCUUUACCUAACAGACACAAAACACUUCCUGGUUUAUAA